AGUAGUGCUGACUUGGUACACGUGAGUAGCAGCAUGGCGGCCCACCGCUCCGGCCCGCUCAAGCAACAGAAUAAAGCUCAUAAAGGUGGGCGGCAUCGGGGUCGAGGGUCUGCGCAGCGGGACGGCAAGGGCCGUCUAGCACUGAAAACCCUAAGCAAGAAGGUGAGGAAGGAGCUCAGUCGAGUAGACCAGAGGCAUCGUGCCAGCCAGCUCCGAAAGCAAAAGAAGGAGGCGGUUCUGGCAGAGAAGAGACAACUGGGCAGCAAGGAUGGCCCUCCUCAUCAGGUACUGGUGGUGCCCCUGCACGACAGGAUUUCCCUGCCAGAGGCCUUCCAGAGGCUUCAGGAUAGGGAUACUGGAACAGUACACUUGACUAAUUGGGGAAGCGCCCACAGCUUUAUGCUGUUAUGCCCCCGCUUGAAACAUCGGUGGUUUUUCACAUCUGCAAGGCCAGGGGAUCUGCACACUGUUUUAGACUUGGCUAAAGUGGCUGAUACUAUCCUGUUCCUCCUUGAUCCACUAGAAGGCUGGGACAGCACCGGGGAUUACUGCCUUUCCUGCCUCUUUGCUCAGGGCCUUCCCACCUAUACAUUAGCUAUCCAGGGAAUUUCUGGUCUCCCACCGAAGAAACAAAUAGAUGCCAGAAAGAAGCUAAGUAAAGUAGUGGAGAAGCGCUUCCCUGAUGACAAACUCCUCCAAUUAGACACUCAACAGGAGGCAGGGAUGCUGCUCAGGCAGUUGGCUAACCAAAAGCAACGGCAUCUUGCCUUUCGAGAUCGGCGGGCAUACUUCUUUGCUUCUGCUGCUGACUUUGUGCCUAAUGAAGAGAAUAACUUGGUGGGCACCUUGAAAAUCUCAGGCUAUGUUCGUGGGCAGACUCUGAAUGUAAAUAGCUUGCUGCAUAUCAUUGGACAUGGUGAUUUCCAGAUGAAACAGAUAGACGCCCCUAUGGACCCUUUCCCGUUGAAUCCUAGAGUGGUCAAAUCCCAAAAGGACCCAAGCAUGGCAAUGGAGAUUUGUGAUAUGGAUGCUGUAGCUGACAUGGAAGAAGACCUUAAGGUCCUAAUGAAGGCAGACCCCGACAGACAAGAAUCUUUGCAGACAGAGGUUAUCCCAGAUCCAAUGGAGGGGGAGCAGACCUGGCCCACUGAGGAGGAGCUGAAUGAGGCAAAUGACUUCUUGAAGAAAAGUUCCAAGGUGGUAAAGAAGGUUCCUAAAGGAACAUCCAGUUACCAAGCUGAAUGGAUUUUGGAUGAGGAUGGCGAAAGUGGUGGGGAAGGAGAUGAAUAUGACGAUAUAGAGCAUGAGGAUUUUAUGGAAGAGGAGUCUCAGGAUGAGAGUAGUGAAGAGGAAGAAGAGGAGGAAUGUGAAACUAUGACUAUAGGAGAGUCUGUGCGUGAUGAUCUAUAUGACGAGAAAGUGGAUGAAGAGGCUGAGGAAAAAAUGUUGGAGAAAUAUAAACAAGAAAGACUGGAAGAGAUGUUUCCAGAUGAAGUAGAUACCCCCCGCGAUGUGGCUGCUAGAAUUCGAUUUCAGAAAUACAGAGGCCUCAAGAGUUUCCGGACAUCUCCAUGGGAUCCUAAGGAAAACCUUCCUCAAGAUUAUGCUCGGAUCUUUCAGUUCCAGAACUUUACUAAUACUAGGAAACGUGUUUUUAAAGAGAUUGAGGAAAAAGAGGUUGAAGGAGCUGAGGUUGGCUGGUAUGUCACACUUCAUGUCUCUGCAGUACCUGUGUCUGUGGUUGAGUACUUCAGGCAGGGAGGACCCUUGAUUGCGUUUUCUUUACUACCUCAUGAACAGAAAAUGUCAGUGCUGAAUAUGGUGGUGAGCCGGCACCCUGGCAACACAGAACCUGUGAAAGCCAAAGAGGAGCUGAUCUUCCACUGUGGGUUCAGGCGCUUCAGAGCCUCACCUUUGUUCUCUCAGCACACUGCAGCGGAUAAACAUAAAUUUCAGAGAUUCCUGACUGCUGACAUGGCCCUGGUGGUGACAGUAUAUGCCCCAAUCACUUUUCCUCCUGCAUCUGUGCUGCUUUUCAAACAGAAUAGCAAUGGAAUGCACAGCCUCAUUGCCACAGGCCAUCUAUUGUCAGUGAAUCCGGACAGAAUGGUCAUCAAGAGAGUUGUCCUGAGUGGUCAUCCUUUCAAAAUUUUUACUAAGAUGGCAGUAGUGCGUUACAUGUUCUUCAAUAGAGAGGAUGUGAUGUGGUUUAAACCGGUGGAACUGAGAACAAAGUGGGGCCGCAGAGGACACAUCAAGGAGCCUUUAGGUACUCAUGGCCAUAUGAAGUGCAGUUUUGAUGGGAAGCUAAAGUCUCAGGACACAGUACUGAUGAACCUCUAUAAACGAGUUUUCCCCAAAUGGACUUAUGAUCCAUAUGUACCAGAACCAGUACCUUGGGUGAAAAGUGAGAUUUCUUCAAUGGUGCCUGAAGUGGACACGGCGUAAUGGAGUCAAUAGAUUCUGUCUCAUUGCUACUCAUUAGCACUCUAGGGAUGGGAACCUACAGGUAGCAAUUGGGCAAAGUUUAUGUUGAGCCUAGAGGUCUGCUGCCCCUUUUUGCAAAAGGUUUUUUCUUGGCCUUGACAAGGUGUCUCAGUUAAGUAUGGAUGUUUUUCUAUUGCCACUUAGUCCAAAAAACUAUUAAAUCUUAUUGAAAUGUCUACUCUCCAUUACGAUUUUGAAAGCUGUUUAAGAGAAUAAGAUGGGAAGUUGACAGUGACAAGGAAACAAAACUUCCAAGUGUCUAGAGACACUGAAUCCCAUUUCUUCCUUAUGCAUAAAUUAAACACAAACAGAUUGAUAAGGAGCUGGCCUUUCAGCCUGCUUCACCCAAGUUAUGGAGGUUAAGUCUACAUUUCCACCACUGAGCACAAUACAAACAUUCUUUACUUCUGGGGAAACUGUUUGAAAAUGCUGAGAGAGCACAGCAGCCACUCCAACACCAGCUGUAGGUUCAAUAAGCAGUUUCAUCCUCUCCCACACCAACUGGGUUGCAUACUGUUGGUAUAGAAGGGAGUAACAGUUAGUGAAAUGGGAAAAGGGGAAAGAGCCUAGUUGGAUGGCCUUCACAAUUAAAGACCAAAUGAGAUAUGUGUGUAUGUACAGGUAUAUAUCCAUACAUAUAUGCUUGCCAGUGAAGAGGAGGGCUUUUUUUUAUCCUAACUCUGCUCUGUUGAGAGGUGUCCUAAUAUUUAGGCACCCUCCCACAUGUUGUAAAGUCACCUAGUCAAUUCCCAGUGGAUGAGUUGCUAAUUAAGAGAGAAGUUCCUUUUGCCUAAAAAGUUGCUCCCUUUUUGUUAUUUUCUUUCCUGUUGGAAUCUCACCUUAAUUUCAUCUUCUGUGACAGUGAAGACAUCAUCCACGAGGUCCCUUAUAAUAGGCCAGGUGUUUGAGCCAAUGCUGGAUUUGACACCAUCUGCUAUGGUUUCUGGAGGAUAGGGGUUGGGGGUGAGUUCCCCUUUCAGUUUGGACUGGUAGCAGUCAUCUGCAUUCAAGGGUUCAGCAGCAUACACCUUCACACUAGGUCUCAGAGCCUGGGAAGAGGAAUAUUAGAAACCUUACCAUUAACCACAGCAUUUUGCCUGCAAGCCGGCAGUAAAGUAGGUAGUUUAAGUAACAUAUUUCUGCCCAAGUAAGAGCCUUCUCUGUGAUGUAAUGAGAAUAUGACCUUAAAGCACUUUAAAUUAUAUGCCCAAUACUGACCUUCAGUUGUCUCGAUCACAACUAAUUCUACUGGUAACUUGGGAAAAGAGUAGCCCCUGACUUGGGUAGUAAGUUCGUGAGGUGGAAUUCAGGGAAAGGACUGUGAGGGUGCCGCUCAUUGUAACUUUUUGUGCUGUAAAGUUGUCAUAGAUUAAGAAAAGGGUAGUGAGGCAGAGAAGGGCCUUCCAUCACAAGUGCCAAGGAACGAUGGGAAGGAAGAGCAAUUUGGGGGGAAUGUUGAACAAGUACCACAGUGUACUAUGAUGUAAAAUAAAGUCCUUUAUGCUGAC